GCGACAGCCAAUCAGGACAAGCAGCGGAGACUUUCGAACAAGCGGGAAGCGAAGCUGUGGAGGGGAGAAGUUGAAAACAGUAGUAAAGAGUUAACGGCCGUAGAGUCCCCGAGAGUUGUCGCGUGCUUGUAACCCUGCAGUGAAGAAAAAGGCUGUUGAGAAAAAGGACAGGAGCCGCGCGCCCAAAGGGAUGCAGAGUUGCGUUCGAUUUCCUUAAAGUCGCGGGCGGUCCCUCGGGCAUGCGGGCAGAGGUUGAGAAGGGCACAGUCGGAAGGGAACGGAGUUGAUUCCAACCUGAUCGAGGUAUUCUGUCCUUUUUGAAACAGUUGUUGAAAUGACGAUGUGCAUAUUCAUUCCCCGCACCAAUCUAUCUCUUUUACUUGGGAAAUCAAAGCUGUUUCCAGAAUUAGCUGGGCGAAGAACAAGGAACUAUAUGCAAUUGGCUGUUUUCUUGAUCCCAGCUCAGAAUCAGAUUUGAUUGAAAUAUGGCGAAAGCUUUGAAAAAAUCAUUUAAGGAUAGUUUGGAAGAUAUAAAAGAACGAAUGAAAGAAAAGAGAAAUAAAAAAUGGGCAAAGCUGGGUAAAGCAAACCAAGUUUUACCUAUUAAGAGUAAAAUUGCAGAUAAUUCUGUGGUACAGUUGAAAAACUUCCAAGCAAAUAAUCGUGCUUUAGCUUUGGCUUUAGAAGAAGAGAGGAGUAAAAUGAGGGAAGCACAAGAUAUCAUACUGUGUUUAAAGAAAGAGUAUCAGAGCUUGAAGUUUCAGAAUAUUGACCUACAAAGAAAGCUUAAGUUACAGCAAGAAAAACAACAUGAUGAGAAUGGAUUCAUGGUAGUGAAGAAGAUUAUUUCUAAAGUUGUUCAAGAUCUACUCAGUGCAUCAAAUAUUCUUGAUCCCUUAAAUGAUGUCUCUACUGCUGAUUUUAAUACAGUUCUGUAUAACUCUGAACAUGACGAAGGUGCUUCUGGAAGUUUAAAGAAGCCUGAUUCUUUGGCACUUCUAAGGCACAUUCUUGCUGUAGAAGUAGAUAAAGAAGAUGCAGAUGAAAUACAGGAUAAAGUGGAAAAGCUUUAUUAUUAUUCAGAUUCUGACUUAAAUUUCUGUGAUGACAUUGAGAAUACAGCUUCAGUGUCUCUGACAAAUACAGGUUACCAGAAUUAUUCCUGUGAAGAUCAUCCAGAUCAUGUAACCUCUGGGAGCAGAAUUAUUUCAGUUGAUGAAGACAAGCAAACUGAUUAUUCUGUACCUAAAAAUGUUUCUACCCGUCGUCGUUAUUUAAAAAUUAAUUCCUUCAGUGAAGUCUUUGAAUCAGAUGAUGGCAUGCCAGCUAUCAGUGUUGAUCUUUCAUGUUCAAAGAAUAAUAAUGAAAAUUCUGAAGAAAUGUCUAUUAGUCAGGAGGACAAGCAUAAUGUAAACAUUGAUAAAUGUGAAUCAGAUAUGCAAAUUGAAUCUGAUAAAAGUGAAUCAGAUACACAAAUUGAAAAGGCCACAGCUUUUUCAGAACAAAGUAAUCUUAAUAAUACUGGUGGCUUUAAAACUAAGAAAGGGAAGGGUCAGAAGAGAAAAUUGGUAACCACAAAAAAUGUGCCCAAGGCAAAAUCCAAUAAAGACAAAAACUGCAGUAAGCAUGCAGGACCUAAACAAAAAGCAAAUACAUCCAUUCGUUCCAAUGAUGCUUAUGAUUUUAUUAGUGAAGAGUCUGUUCAUAUAACACCUUUCCGGCAAAACAAACAAAAUGAACAUGUUGAUGACAAAGAGUAUACAAAAGAAAGAGAAAUCUGUAGUAGUGAAUCAUCUAUUUCAGAAGAAGAUCCUGACGAUAGUCUCUAUGUGCCUUACUCAAAAAAAUCAAAAUCCAAUGAAACUCUAAAUACUGGAACAGAUGUAAUCCCACUACGCACAAAAUCACGAUCAAAGAAAACUGUGUUUGAGCAACAUUAUAUAAAUCCUGAGGGGGAAAGCAGGAAUACCAAGACACUUGAAUCUCAUUUGGAUGAAUCAUCUGAGGCACUUCAAAAACAUCAUCUCAAUGAUAUUACCAAUGUUGCAUCAACUUCUUACCAAACAAGAAUUUCUUACCUAGCCUUCGGGACUGCAGCAAAAGAUGCUACUCACCAAAAACGUAGAAGUACUAGUUAUGUCAGUUAUAAGGAGCCAAGUCUCAGUGGGAAACUCAGAAGAGGAGACCCGUUUACAGAUACCAGCUUUCUGAACUCUCCCAUUUUUAAAGAGAGAAAGAACACCAAAUCCAAAUCACUUAAUAAAAAAUUGCUGUCCAGAUACAAUGAAGCAUUUGUUGGUUAUUAAGAUACUUUUCAUGGAGUACACUUAGCUUCUCAUUUAUAUUAUGCUGAAAACAUAUUAACUAAAAUUCUAGAUUGAGCUUUUGGAUAUUUCUGAUCUAGAUUUAUGAAUACUUUGAUAAUAUUUUAUAUCACAUAUACCACCUUCUAGAAUUUAUCUAUUCAGAAAGAUGUGAAUAACCUAUUAUUAUUUUAAUAGCUACUUCCUGAACAUGAUAGAAAAUAAUAGGUUUAAUGCAGAUUAUCAUUUAUUUGAUAACAAAUAGUUCAUUUUAACAGUCUGUCAUUAGAAAUAAAGUUAAACUGUGUUGUACUUUCUGAAUUAUUACUUAUAUGUCAUAAUAAAAUUUUGAAUAAUUUUGAUUAAAGGUAAUUUGGUUUAAUUAUCAAUACUAGCAUGUUUUCAGCCUCCAUAUUCUUGCAACUAUUCUAACAGUUUGUAAAAAAAUAAGCUUAAUAUGUUAACUUGUAGGUUUAUUAGGAAUAAAUACCAAUGAACUCUCUAGGAGUUCUGAAUAAAUGUGAGAUGGUUUAUAUUUCACAGCUAUCCAAUUUCCACAUUGUCAUAAGUCUUUUGUGAUGUGAUGUAUCUAAAGUUAUAUGCUAGUAUUUUUAUUCAUUUAUUUCAAGGCAACUAUUAGUCUUCUGAUAGCACUUACAGCAAAGAGAAAGAUAAGUAGAAACCUAUACAUACCAGUAUUCACUUUUAGUAUAAGAAUUUUAACUAAUAGUUAUAUCCAAAAUUGCUUAUUUCUUGUCUUUUGUGUCUUUAGAUUGUAAGUCUAUGGUAUCAGGGGUUUAACUAGUUUUUCUAAAUAGAUGUAAGUCAUAAAUAACAUGUUUUGAUUUCACUUGAAACCUUAUAUUAAUUUCUAUGAAAACUAGAAAUUCCAUUGAAUUUGCUACUGCACAGUGAGUUCCAGUUCUUAUUACCUGAAGGUGUUAUAGUAUACUUAUAUUCCAUUUCAUAAAAUUAGAGGUACUCUACAAACAAUGAGUAUGUCUGGUAUUUUUAUAUGCAAAUUACAAAAUAGCACACAAGAUCAAUGUUAUACAUAUAAUUUAAAACCAUUUUAUACCAGUACAAUAAAUAAUUUUACAAAUGUAAAAUUUCAGUUAAAGUAUUUAAACACAUACUGUGUAUAACUUUAUUGCACAAUAUCUAUGAAAAUAAUCUUUAAAUUAGAAACCAAAUGUUCUCAAUAUAGAAGAGACUCUAAUUUCAAGACAAUAAGAAUCUUUGAAAAUAACACUUUCACAGGAUAUCAAGCUUUAGAGGUGACUGUUGGCCCAGUUUACAAAAUACAUGAAAAUUACUAUUUAAAUAUUCUAAAACAAAGUUGCAUCAUUGUACCUUAAAUACAAAGCUCAUUCUGGUUUAUAUAAAGCGCUAAGGCAUUUCUAUAUUACUAUUUUGUCUAUUAUGUACCAUUUCCUUCUAGCAAUGUUCAUCUAAUCAGAAUAAAACAUUACUACAGGCAUUGUGCCAAAAAA